AUGUUUCUGACGGUUGGUGCCGACGCCAUGCGAUGCGCAACCCUGUGCCUGCCUGCCUGCCUGGUCUGGUCUGGCUCCCACCUCUCGCCUACUGUAGGCGGGCACGCAGCCCCGCCAUCUGCGUCGCACAAGAACCGAUCCGUGGUAACGGGGUACAGGAGUUUGUGA